CGCUCGUGACGUAAACACCGGGCGCCGCGGGUGCCGGCUACGUAGCGGGAAGGGAAGUCGCCCCGGCGGCUGCUGGGCUCGGCUGUGGAACGGAGGCAGCGGCGUGGCCCGGCCCGGGCGAAGCAGCACCGGGCUUCAGGGAAGGGCUGCUCGGCCCACGCGUGCUCGCACUAGUGCUGAGGGCCGUUUCAUCUGGCCGCGGGCGCCCCAGCGGCUGGCUGCUCGAGCCGAGGCCCGCGGUGUAGCUGCCGAGUACAAACAAGGACACCUGUUUACAUUGGGAUCGCAGGAACGGGAACAGCUUUUUAGUCUAACAGGAAGAUGUUACCAAGUACUUCAGUGAGUUCUUCGAUGCUGGGGAAUGGAGUCUUGAACUCCCGGGAUGCAGCAAGACAUACAGCUGGAGCGAAACGCUACAAAUACCUCCGAAGGCUUUUUCGUUUUCGGCAGAUGGACUUUGAGUUUGCUGCGUGGCAGAUGCUCUACCUGUUCACUUCCCCACAGAGGGUUUAUAGAAACUUUCAUUACCGGAAGCAGACAAAGGAUCAGUGGGCCAGAGAUGACCCAGCUUUCUUGGUCCUGUUAAGUAUUUGGCUCUGUGUGUCCACUAUAGGAUUUGGCUUUGUGCUGGACAUGGGAUUUUUUGAGACAAUAAAGCUGCUCCUGUGGGUCGUAUUCAUAGAUUGUGUUGGUGUUGGCCUCUUGAUAUCAACUUUAAUGUGGUUCAUCUCAAACAAGUAUUUAGUGAAACGCCAGAGCAGAGACUAUGAUGUGGAGUGGGGCUAUGCCUUUGACGUGCACCUGAAUGCAUUUUAUCCACUCCUAGUCAUUUUGCAUUUUAUCCAGCUCUUUUUCAUCAACCAUGUUAUCCUCACAGACACAUUUAUUGGAUACUUAGUUGGAAAUACCUUAUGGUUGAUUGCAGUUGGCUAUUAUAUCUAUGUAACCUUCCUGGGAUACAGUGCAUUGCCAUUUUUGAAAAACACAGUAAUUCUUCUCUAUCCGUUUGCACCCCUCAUUCUGCUGUAUGCGCUCUCGCUAGCGCUGGGAUGGAACUUCACCCACGCUCUGUGUUCCUUCUACAAGUACAGAGUGAAAUGAAGAGAAAAGCAACAGUGUUCUAGCUUAACUGUCAGGGUUAGGGAAGGACAGUUUCUUGUAAAGUUUGUAAAUGAAGUAUCUUUAUAGAUAUCCUAAAGAUGUAAAGUUUACAAAUUUGAGGUGAUAUUAACAUUAUUAUCUAGCACAUUCCUUAAAAUUAAAUGUACAUUUCUAUAAUAAAUAUUUUUAAACUAAA